UUGUGGGGCGCUCGCGGUGGCGCUCCGCUUCCUCCCGUAGUAGUUGGCGCAGGCCCCGCCUCCCGCUGUGUUGUCAAACGGGCCGGGGUCUCCGAUUGGUCCAGCCUCCGGGACAACACCUGCUCGACUCCUUCAUUCAAGUGACACCAGAGCUUCCAGGGAUAUUUGAGGCACCAUCCCUGCAAUCGCCGGGCACUCGCGGCGCGGCUAACGGCCUGGUCACAUGCUCUCCGGAGAGCUACGGGAGGGCGCUGGGUAACCUCUAUCCGAGCCGCGGCGAGGAGGAGGGAAGGGGCCAGCAAGGAGGAAGAGUGGGAGGGGGGGAAGCGGCGGAGGAGGAAGAGGAGGAGGAGGGGCGCACAAAGAAUCCAGGUCUCCCGGCGGGAGGGUGAUACCCAGAACCAUGUGUGCGGAGCGGCUGGGCCAGUUCGUGACCCUGGCUUUGGUGUUUGCCACCUUGGACCCUGCGCGAGGGACGGACUCCACGAACCCUCCGGAAGGUCCCCAAGACAGGGGCUCCCAGCAGAAAGGCCGCCUGUCCCUGCAGAACACAGCGGAGAUCCAGCACUGUUUGGUCAACGCCGGGGACGUGGGGUGUGGUGUGUUUGAGUGCUUCGAGAACAACUCUUGUGAAAUCCAGGGCUUACAUGGGAUUUGCAUGACGUUUCUGCACAACGCUGGAAAAUUUGAUGCCCAGGGCAAGUCAUUCAUCAAGGAUGCCCUGAGGUGCAAGGCCCAUGCCCUGCGGCAUAAAUUUGGCUGCAUCAGCAGGAAGUGUCCGGCAAUUAGGGAAAUGGUUUACCAGUUGCAGAGGGAAUGCUAUCUCAAGCACGACCUGUGCUCGGCAGCGCAGGAGAACGUCGGCGUGAUUGUGGAGAUGAUUCAUUUCAAGGAUCUCCUGCUACAUGAACCCUACGUGGACCUUGUAAACCUGCUGCUGACCUGUGGGGAAGACGUGAGGGAGGCGGUCACCCGAAGCGUCCAGGCUCAGUGUGAACAGAGCUGGGGAGGCCUCUGCUCCAUCCUGAGUUUCUGCACCUCCAACAUACAGAGACCCCCAACCGCAGCCCCGGAGCAUCAGCCCCUGGCAGACAGGGCCCAGCUCUCCAGACCUUACCACCGGGACACCGACCACCACCUAACAGCCAACAGAGGUGCCAAGGGUGAGCGAGGGAGCAAAAGCCACCUGAAUGCCCAUGCUCGAGGCGGAGCGGGUGGCCAGAGCGCCCAGGGACCCUCUGGAAGCAGUGAGUGGGAAGACGAACAGUCUGAGUAUUCCGACAUCCGGAGGUGAAAUGAAAACCCGGCCAUGAAAGCUCUCUUCCUGGCUGUCCAUUUUCUUCUCUAUGGACAUUCCAAAACAUUUACAUUAAAGAGGGGGGAAUGUCACACGCA